AUGAACCACAAUGGCCUAGAUAAUCAUGUUGGACACCACGCAUUGCAGGACUACCAGAUGCAGUUGAUGUUGCUUGAGCAGCAAAACAAAAAAAGAUUAUUGAUGGCACAAGAAGCUUUCAAAGAGCAAGAUACUGCGCCACAGACAAUUCCUUUUGUACUGAAUCAACUCAACAUCGCACAUAUCUCUGUUAAAGAGUUGCUAGCAAAUCUUCCCACUUAUUUUCAAAAUAUCGAAGAUUUCAAGUCGUCCAUUCCCCGAGAUAUCAAGACUCUGCAAGGCUAUGAAGAGAAGCUCGAUAAGAAGGAAGCCGAAAUCAAAGCUUUGGAGAACAGGUACAACGAGCUAAUUCAAAUGACGCCAGAAGCCCAGCAAGGAGAGCUACAGCAGGUCAGGGAUAGGGCCAUGCUCACAAUGCAACAAGAUCGGGAAGGAUUGACGCGAGAUAGAGACAAUACUGUUGAAAAGAUUAAAGAAAAGAAUGGACGGAUUGAAGGGUUGGAGGUGGCGUUGGGGAGGUCCAGGGAGUUGAUGCCAGAGCUGAUUGAAGACCUGAAGAAAUUGGCCCCGAAAUUGCGUGAUGUGCAAAUGGACAAUUCUAAUGAUAGCAUCGGAACAAUUGGAGAUACCCAUGGAGGUUAG